AUGAUUUAUCCGAAGAUAGCAAAUUUCAAACACGAAUCCAGACAUGAACGUAAAACAGCGGGCCUAUGCUCAGAACUGCAUCUAUCGGCAAGUACGGUUCCCAUGGGAGAGAAUAGUCUCUCCGCCACAAUGGCUCCCGAAGACUACGCCACAAUUGUAUCAAAUCUCCAAUCAGCCGUCUGUUUGAAUGUUGCUCGCCGAGUCGCUUGUCCCGCCCAUGAUUCAAAGCUAUGGAGUGACGUGGCAUCUCGAAACUACUCGAUUUGGAGAAUUCUCUGGAAGAUUCUAAUAGUGAUCGUCUCGAUUUUCUACGUUCUUCUACCUCCGUACCCACCGAAACUAUUCCGGAAAUUGGUGUUUUGUUGUCCACAAAAAGGCAGAUAUUACUAUUUGAUUGCUGUCAAAGGUACCACUCGUCGAGCGUGCUUCAAGGCUAGCGAAGCGGAUGGUCACGAUCAUUUGUCGAUUUGUCUUCCGCAAAUGAUUCGACCCAAAAUUCGAGCGGUUGAUGUCUUCUAUCACCUUCUUCGAUGCAAAGUUUUCACACUACCGUAUGACGAGAAGCACAAAAUAUGUGCAAUGGAAUUGUAUUGUGAGCAAUCGAUUCGUUGGUUACAUCGGGAUAAGAAUCGGAAGAGACUUCGGUCUCCGAACCUCAUCAUUUUCUCUCAACCCAAUUCUUCGGAUCUCGGGUGUUGUCUGAUGAUGGAUCCGAAUUUUGCAGAUAUCGCUGAUUUUUUACAAUGUGAUUUAUUGAUUUUCGAUUAUCCUGGAUACGGUGUUUCGGAAGGAACCACAAAUGAGAAGAAUGUCUAUGCGGCGAUUGAGGCUGUCGUGAAGUAUGCUAUGGAACAAUUGGGAUAUCCACAGGAGAAGAUCAUACUGAUUGGGUUCAGUUUGGGGACGGCUGCCAUGGUACACGUAGCAGAAAUAUACAAGGUCGCCGCGCUGGUCCUAAUUGCUCCAUUCACUUCAUUCUUCCGUAUAGCUUGCCGUCGUCCGUCAGUCGUCCGUCCGUGGUUUGAUAUGUUUCCAAGUCUGGAGAAAUCCAAAAAAAUUGUGUCGCCCACUUUGAUUUGUCACGGAGAGAAGGAUUAUAUUGUCGGGCAUGAGCAUGGUGUGCAGCUGAAAGAUACGAUACCGGAUUGUGAAUUGCAUUUGUUGAAACAUGCGAGUCAUCAGGUGAAAAUUUUGUGCAAUAGAAUUCUGGAAAAGUAUCGUAGCCCAGUCAGUUUUGGUAUAUUCUGCGAACGUGAAAUGUGGGAUCGUGUCGAGCAGUUUUUAGGAUCACGAGUCGGAAUCACACGUGCCUGGAUUGAACAUCUUCAAUCGGAAUCAGAAAUUUUGGAUAAUCCAGUUUCAGCAUCUGAAGUUCGAAUGUCACGGGAGCGGUCGGCUGUGAUUAAAAUGGAGCAGGGAUCUAAUUGA